UCUUCAACUUCUUCAUACAUUUUUUAUUGUAAUUAGAAAAACGAAAAAUAUGGAUUGGAAGUCGAACUGAAUUGGAAAAAAUUAAUAUUCAAUCGAGAUUCAAACAUAAACAAACAAAGUUAGGUUAGAAACGCAUACUUAAGGUAGGUCUAUCGACGACUUGAGACUCAGCUGUCAUUAGUGUCAUUUUUUGGCUCUUCAAGACCGCAUUUCACGUUGAGUACGGUUUAUGAAACACAAAUUUGUUCAAGGUCGACCUUAAGCAUCGACGAUGACUUGAGUACCGACUAUGAAUACGGGCCUAAAUCUACAUAUUAUUUUAAAACUAUUUCGGCUAAAAUAGGAAUAUAUAAUGGAACAUAUAUGCACGGAGUGUACGCUCACAUUCUCAAAACAUUCUAAUUUAAGAAGUCACCUGAAAAUGUUUCAUCCUGGUAAGUUGUUUUUGAUUAAUAACAAUCCACUGGAUAUCUAUGCAAUCUACAAACUUGAUGACUUCUCGUUGUUAUAUCUACAAUUUGAUGAUUCCUAAUUCUUGUAAUUUUAGAUAAACUGGACAUAAUUGCACCCAACAAAACAUUUAAGUCUAUUGUACUUUGUAACAAAUGUCCCAAAAGGUUCUCUAAAUAUUCCAAUUUAAAAAGGCAUGUCACUAAGUUUCAUCCAGGUGAGGACAAAACUUCUAUUUAGUGCUUUUUGGCUAUUAUUGUAUACAGGAAUCAAUAGCGAACAUAUUUUAUUUUAUUUCAGAAAAUAUCAACGAGCUGACUUCAUCUAAGAUUUGCCCAUAUCAAUGCAGUGAAUGCCAGAAAAAGUUUUCACAUUUACAAAAUCUUAGAAAACAUAAAAAAAUUCAUGCAAAAGACAGUGAUAUUGGAAAAAAGCAACAAAACUUCAAGUGCAGUUUGUGUAACUACGAAAAUUCUAUAAAAUCCAAUUUAAUUCUUCAUUUCGAAGAAUAUCAUGCCAUUAAAAUAGAGCAACAAGAUCUUCACUUUUCUAGUGAACUAGAAUUUCAAAAAUGGAAAACUGACAUGGAAAGAAAAGAAUUUUCUUCAUAUGUCACAUACAGUCAUCCAUAUACGACUGCAGAGGGCAUUAAGAAACAGAGUUAUAUUUGCCAUCGUUCAGGUUUUUAUGUGAAAAAGGGUAAGGAUAUGCGAUAUUUAAAAACCAAAGGAAGCAGAAAAAUUAAUGGAAUAUGUCCUUCUCAAUUGAAAGUUUGUAUUUUACCAGAAAAUGGCAAUGUUAAAAUUAAUUUUAUACAAACUCACAUUGGUCAUGACAAUGACUUGGGUCAUUUGAAUAUUACUAAAAAUGAAAAAAUAGAAAUAGCUAGUAAAAUUGCUUCGAAAAUUCCUCUUGUUUCCAUAUUAGAUGAGAUUAGAGAUUCUGUAACUAAUAAUAAGUUGGAAAGGAUGCAUAUCUUAACAAGAAAAGAUCUUCAUAAUAUAUCACAAACUUUUAAUUUAAAUUCUGAUGGAAUUCGCCAUAAAAAUGAAGUUAUAAGUAUUGAAUCCUGGAUUGAAGAAGCCAAGAAUAGUGGAAUAAUUUUAUAUUACAAGCCACAAGGGGCUUUAUGUAAUGAUUUUCCUUGUUUAAAAAAUGAAGAUUUUCUUUUAAUUGUUAUGCAUCCUGGUCAACUGGAAGUGUUAGACAAAUACUCAGAAGAUGUAAUUUGUAUCGACGGAACACAUGGGCUUAAUGCUCAUGAUUUUGAUCUUACUACAUUGUUAAUAUUGGAUGAUAUGAGGGAGGGAUUUCCUUGUUGUUUUAUGAUUGGAAAUCGGUCUGAUGAGGAAAUAAUGACUAUUUUUUUCAUGAAGAUAAAAGAAAAUUUAGGAAGAGUAAUCAAACCCAUGGUUUUCAUGUCAGACAUGGCCCAAUAUUACUAUAAUGCAUGGCUCCAAAUUAUGACUCCAGCUAAAUUCAGGCUAUUUUGUUCCUGGCACGUAGAUAAAGCGUGGCGGAAAAAUCUAAAUAAAAUUGAUGGUCAAGAGCAAAAGGUUAUCGUAUACAAACAGUUACGUACCUUAUUACAAGAGACCGAUGUUACUUCAUUUAGGGAUAUGAUACAAAAUUUUCAAAUUUCUCUUCUAUCUUCUGGUAAUACCCAAGAAUUUGGUCAAUAUUUUCAAAAAUGUUAUCUGCACAAUAUGGAAUCCUGGGCGUACUGUUAUCGCUUGCAUGCAGGAAUAAAUACAAAUAUGAGCAUAGAACGAAUGCAUCAAACGAUUAAAUAUUUGUAUUUAAAUGGAAGACAAGUACGAAGGCUGGAUAAAACUAUCAAUAUCUUGAUUAAAUUAAUUAAAGACAAAUUGUUUGAACGGCUUAUUACGUUGAAUAAAGGUAAAAUAUCCAGCAAAUUACGAGAGUUACGGAAAAGGCACAAAACAAGUCUUAAUUUAGAUAUGGACACCAUUGUCAUGUCUGAAAUGGGCUGGGAGAUACCAUCAAGUUCAACCAAUGAUAUCUAUUUAGUUCAGAAAAACAAACCCAGUUGUGACUGCCGAUUAGUCUGUGAUUUGUGCCAAUCCUGUCUACAUUCAUAUUCCUGUACAUGCUUGGAUAACAGUAUAAGAUGGAAUAUGUGCAAACACAUACAUCUUGUGUGUCAAUUUAUGAAAGGCCAUCAAAUUCAAGAUACUAAUGCAGAUGAAGAACAUAUAAUAAAUACAGAUGAGGUAAAAAUUAAACAAGCUACAGAGCAAGCUAAAUUUGUGGAAUUUGUGAGUAAGUCUUGUAAUAUCAAUCAAGAAAAAACGUCCAAACAACUGGAAGUUGAAAAACAGAAAUUGAUAGAAAUACAAACCCAAAUAAUUCAAAAUAUAACAACUUUUGAACAACUUGAGGCAUUUAAAAGUAUUACAGCACCCUUGGUGCCUACAUUAAGGACAUUAGCAGAACAUUCUGGAAAUGAACUUAAUAUUGUGGCACUAUCUCAUGGCACACAAAACAUUCCACACAAUAAAAAAGUAGUUGCUCAAAAACGUUUAUUUUCCACCAAGAAAAAAACUACAAAGUCAAAAAAAAAGCUGUUAUCAAAACCUGAUGCUGAAGAAACAAAUUUGAUAGCAAAUCAAUUAAUGCUACAAGUAAAUAAUGUGCUGUUUAAUUAGAAUAAAAUCUUUAUUUGUAUACAUUA